AUGUAUUUCACAAGUUUGCCUUGUUUUCUGUGUUUUCUUUUGCCCCUCGUCGGAGCUGGGAGUACUGGUGAUACCAAAUCUCGAGAUGUGAAGCAAGUCGCAAUAAUAGGUGCUGGUGCUGCCGGUUCCUCCACGGCUUAUCACUUACACAAAUAUGCUCAAGAAGAAGGCAUCGACGUCAACAUCACGAUAUUCGAGAAGACUAACCACAUUGGUGGUCGAACUCUUACAGUAAACGUCUAUGAUGACCCUCUUAGUCCGGUUGAGUUGGGUGCCUCCAUAUUUGUCGAGGUAAACCGCAUCCUCUACGACGCUGCCAGGAGCUUCAACCUGUCUCUCACUAGCCCCGGAACUGAUGAGAAGGGCUUACUUGGCAUUUGGGAUGGAAAGAGCUUCGUCUACACCCAGGACUCGGAAUCUUGGAAUUGGUGGAACCUCGCCAAACUCUUCUGGAAGUACGGAACCGCUCCGUACUACACCCAUCGGCUCGUCCAAGAGACCGUACAAAAGUUCUUGAAACUUUACAAACACCCUUACUUCCCCUUCAGAUCCCUCUCAGCCAGGGUAUAUGAACUCGGCCUUGCCAAGAUAACGGGCUCAACCGGAAAACAAUUCCUAGAGGAAAACAAGCUCUACGGCGCGUUUGCUCAUGAUAUCGUGCAAGCAAGUACCCGUGUGAACUAUGCUUCGAACUUGGAGUAUAUCCACGGCCUGGGAACCAUGGUUGCGAUGGCCCCUGAAGGCGCAGUAGCUGUUGCCGGCGGUAAUUGGCAGAUAUUUUCUAGUAUGGUCGCGGACUCUGAAGCUCAUGUCUUUCUGAACUCAUCUGUGGCUGCGAUUACCAAAGAAAAGGGCAAUUCUUCUAGCUCGGAGUCGACUAAGUACAGACUGCAGACGACAAUAACCGGUGCUACUAACAACGAGGCAGAAACAUACCCAGUUGCCUUCGAUAAGGUCGUUAUCGCAACGCCGUACCAGUUCAGCGGCAUCAACCAUGACGAGGACGUCAUGUCCCACCCUGUAGACUCGAUCCCGUACGUAGAGCUGCAUGUGACGCUCUUCGCCUCUCCCUACAGGUUCAGUCCAGAGUUCUUCAACCUCGAGCCAGCUGCCACAGUACCCAUCUCCGUGCUCACGACACUGGGCGAAGAUGAUGAAGCGAAACCUGGACCGGAGGGAGCUGGAAGCGCAGGUUUCUUCUCGGCAACUCUAGUCAAGGUGGUGACCAACCCGAAGACGCAAAACGCCGAGUACGUGUAUAAGAUCUUCUCGCCCCACAAGGUAACGCCCGAGUUCCUGUCUCGGCUGCUUGGCGUUCAGGUGCCGGACACCUUCACCCGACCUGCUGAUACCGAGGAAGACACUGGGGAGGGUGCGACGAUGGUCCUUGAGCCCAUAUCGUGGUACCAUCCCACGAUUUUCCAUCCCUAUCCCCAGAAGUACCCGCGCGUCACGUUCCAGGACCCCGUCCUAGGGGACGGGCUGUACUACACGUCGGGCAUCGAGAGUUUCAUCUCGACCAUGGAGACGAGCGCGCUUAUGGGCAUGAAUGUCGCGCGACUAAUCGCUGACAAUUACUUAUGUAGCCGGUGCGCUAGUAGUGAUAAUAAGGGAGAUGAUUGCAAGAGGUUCUCACAUGGGUGGCCAGAUUACUUUGACGGGGAAGACUUGGUCCUCGAAGACUUGCCCCUCGAAGGCAUAAAUGAGCUUUAG